AUGAGUGCCUCCAGCACGCCCUCAGGCCCGUCGCCCUACGCCUUUGAUGGGUCGCGCCGCCGCUCGUUAAACGGUACGCCCCCACUCGCCGCUCAAACUAACGCCCCGCGUUUGCACCAAAGUUCGUUUCAUGCUGAUCUCCGCCCAGCACCUUCCCACGAUCCGCCAUCCUUCCCACGACAGAUGCCGCCGCCCGCAUCGCCCCCACAGCAGCAGACGCAACCGCAGCGGCCUGCCUACGCGUCCAACUUCGGCCCCGCCAGAGAGCUUCCUGGUCUCGGCCAGGCGCACCGCCCGGGCAGCAGCAUGUCCAUCUCGUCCAUCAUCGGUGGAGCUGAUGCAGGUGCUUCUGCCCAGGCCUCGCACUCGCAGCCAUCGCCAUCCGCCCAUGCAUCGCAGCCCAACACCCACAGCAUGCAGCCGCCCUCGCCCCGACGAGCUUUUCCAUCUGGAAUGCGCUCAGACUUUGCGCCCUUCCGUCGUCAGCCAUCCCCAGAUAGGUCAACGCCGGGCACCAGCACACCGAGAGCAUCCGAGGGCCACAGCUACUCUGCCGGCUCGCCACCGACUCGACCGUACAGCACCCACAGCUCGCCCAACCUAGGCCGGCAGUCUCUCCCGCCUUCGCAUCAAGGCUACAAGUCUUCGGCGUUUCCAUCACAGCGUCUCUUCGGGCCCUUGCCAAACGACCUGCUCGCUCGCGAUAGCCGACAGCCCCCAGGAAACAUACCGCCGCGUCCGAACAGCCAGCCCAGUGCACCCGCCGGCCCAGGCGAACGAGAACGAGUGUCGUCGAACGAGACACUACCAGGCCGCCGUGGUGCUUACGGGCAGCCAGAAGAGCGACGCCGGACGCUGGGAGAGCAAUCGAGACCUGAUCCCGCCGAGCUUUUGCGAGGUAUUGGUCACGCUGCGGCAGACAGGAACCGACCCGUCACCGUGCAUCCUGUCUCUCACUCAGCCUUCAAUCCCCCGCAGGAACAACAUGGCACUGCUGGAUCGAACGAGCCAUCGCGCUCUCUCUGGCGGUCGCCAGCGACUUCCGAGCCUCCACGCGAACCUGCGGAGCCUCACCGAGAAGCACCUCCCGCGCUGUAUCGCAACUACGGUUCCUAUCCGCCUUCUGUGCCAGGUCCUCCACGGUACGGCCCUUCGACGCUGAGCGAGAUGGCACCAAGACGAAGCAUCGAUCAGUUGAACAAUCGCGUAGUUGAGCAGUACCACGCGCCACCUACCUCUGAUCCAAAUUCCAAGGAGCGGUACCAAACAGAGCCACUCACUCGUUCCUUCUCUGGGGGAAGUGCAUACCCAGGCCGAUCCAUGUACGGAGAGCCAAUGCAGCACUCCAAGUCGCACAUCGGUCUGGGUCUGGAAGAGAGCAGGAGAACAGGCCGCGCUUCUCCCCUGCCUCAAGCUGUGCAGGGUGCUCAAGCACCGCCCUUCAUGACGGGCAAAGACCCUGGCAUCAAGAGCGAGUUUGGACGCAUGUUCUCGGGUCUCGGUGGAUUGGGAUCAUCCACUCCGCUGCGUGGAAGCCCGUUGCCCCAGCUUGGACAAGAUGGACAGGAGCCUGGCGAGAUGAUGAGGAGGAUCAGUUCGCAGCAGGGAAGGAAGCCGAAGAGGGUGAAAGACGAAAGCAACGUCUUCGACGAUGAUAGCAAUGAUGGGAGAGGAACGCCGACAGGUGUGCGAGGUGCCAAACGCAACAAGCACGCGCAUCCUCCCAAUCACCAUCACCAUCACGCGCAACAUCAUCAUCACCACCACCACCAUCACCACCAUGACGAUCCAACAUCAGCACCUCCGACUGCUAUAAACGGACGACAAUCGAGCGUGCCUCGCAGCGGUCCCUCGCAGCCUGUGCAUCACCAUCACCACAUACAGGGCACACCCCAUCACCACCACCACCAUCACACCCCCCGUGCAAUGCCUCUGGCUACGAAGUUGUCUCCCAAGGUCCACGAUGUCCAAGCCGUGCUUGAGGAAGCUGCCAAGCUCCCCCGCAGGCAUCUUGGAUCACAGGUCUACGAAGCCACCACGGAGCUGCCCAGGCCGAAUUCAUCAUUGGAUGAUCAAUUUGGAUAUGCCUCCAAGCCCAACCGCCUGCCUCGCUUCGAGGUGAAUCCUAUCAACUGCACCUUCACCAUCAGGGUGCCGCGGUUCUAUCUAAAACCCCGACAGAGGCAGCAUGUUGUCCUCGAGCGGCAUCUGUGGGGCGCGCGUGUCUAUCGCGACGACUCAGAUCCCAUCGCUGCCGCCAUACACUCCGGUUGGAUUCGCGGAGAAUGGGACGAUACUGUCGACGUUGGCAUGCUCGACCCACGCAUCACAGCGGCCAACGACCCAAGCGAUGCCGAGGACACGCUCAACAAGAUCCCAACGGCUCCUGUGACGCCCCCUGCAGAUAUGGAUCUCCAGAUCGAGAUCCUGAUCCUGCCGCAGCUGCAGGAGUACACUGGCUCCGUCGAAUACGGCAUCGCGAGCCGGCACAGCAAAACACACGACGGCUUGAGCUUCAUGAUUAACAAAAUCAGAUGGGUCGAGGAGGGCAUUGGCAGCCGCGGACAGGAGCGAACAGCAGCGGCUCUGAGGCGCCGACUCGACGCAAGCGCGACUCUUCUCGCCCUCAUGAACGGCGGGGAAAAGCUACACACGGCGAACGGCAUGGCGAAGCUGCAUGCCUGA